CGUUCGGCGGAAAAACGUCAUUGCUGCGCGUCACGAGCCUUCGCAAAAGUGCGUAGUCGUUCCCUUCGAGAAACGGCGGCGUUUCGGAGUUUGCGUUGUUUAUUUUAAGCGGUUUGAGUUGUUCGUAAGAAGUCUCAGCCAUGGCGAUGCAAGCAGCCAAGCGAGCGAACAUUCGCUUGCCUCCUGAGGUGAACAGGAUAUUGUACAUUCGUAACCUUCCCUACAAGAUCACAGCAGAAGAAAUGUAUGAUAUCUUUGGGAAAUAUGGUCCUAUUCGUCAAAUCAGAGUUGGGAACACACCAGAAACCAGAGGAACCGCCUAUGUGGUCUACGAGGACAUCUUUGAUGCUAAGAAUGCCUGUGACCACCUUUCUGGGUUCAACGUCUGCAACAGAUACUUGGUUGUUUUGUACUACAAUGCAAACAGAGCAUUCCAGAAGAUGGACACAAAGAAAAAAGAAGAGCAGCUGAAACUGCUCAAAGAGAAAUACGGCAUAAACACAGACCCUCCAAAGUAGUUUUUCUUUUCUUUUCUUUUCAUACUUCUUUUAAUAUUGUUGGUCUGCCCCUUCCUUUUUCCUCCACCUGUUUAAGCAAGACUAAUGAUGAACCUCAUAUUUUGUACAGCGAAUAGCCCAUAAUUCUUAUGUAUUAAAUAUUGUGCUGGUCAAGCAUGUUUUUCUUGCUGGAUGCAUUUAAUAUGCUGUCAAUAUUUUGGGCAGAAGUGAUGUCUGGACGAUUUAUUAGGCAUAUGUACCCAGAGGAUUUUUGUAAUUAAAAAUGGAAACAUUGUGAA